GUGUGAUGUUGACUGUCACAGAUAUCCUGUUGGAGAUGGAUCCUACGUCUGUGUCAGAGGGGGAGAGAGUCACACUGAGAUGUAGAACCCAAUGUACAGUCAGUCUCAACCCCACCUACAUCUGGUACAAGAACGGACAAAGUCUGACCAACCCAAUCACUAGUUAUAACAGCCUGAUCCUAGACCCAGUCAACAGUUAUAACAGCCUGAUCCUAGAUCCUGUCAGCAGUGAGGAUGCAGGGAACUACUCCUGUGCUGUAGAAGGCUUAGAGAGAAUCCUCUCACCAGAAGAGACUCUCACUGUCAGAUAUGGUCCAAGGAACACCUCAGUGUCAGUCAGUCCUUCUGGUGAAAUAGUGGAGGGCAGUUCAGUGACUCUGACCUGCAGCAGUGAUGCCAACCCACCUGUGGACAAAUACACCUGGUACAAGAAGAACGUAACCUCACCAAAAGCAUCAGGACAGAGUUACAGCAUCACUAACAUCAUCUCUGAGGACAGAGGAGAAUAUUACUGUGAGGCCCAGAAUAGAAAAGGAUCUAUGAACUCUACAGCUCUGAUGAUCAUUGUAGCAGGAAAACAGACCUCAGUUGUGACUGCAGCUGUAGGAAUCAUCAUAGUGGUGCUUCUGGUUCUCAUCCUCUGUCUCUCUGGAUUCAUGUGGUUCAGGAGAUCCACAGGAGGAAGUGAUGCCACAGCAGACACACAGAGUGUCCGUCCUGACUGUAACAGUGACACGUACACAGGUCUGAACAUGAGGACCAUGUCCCCUGACUACGACACUCUGAUAAGUGUCCAUCCUGACCCUAACAGUGAUACGUACACACCUCUGAACAUGAAGACCAGGUCACCAGAGUAUGACACCCUGGCAAAUGUGAGGGGAAUCUCCCACUGAAGAGAAGCAACACCGAACCUGGACUGAAGAGAACAACCACAGAUUCUGGACUGAAGAGAAGCACCACAGAACCUGGACUGAAGAGAAUCAUCACAGAUCCUGGACUGAAGAGAACCACCACAGAACCUGGACUGAAGAGAAGCACCACAGAUCCUGGACUGAAGAGAACAACCAACAUUGAACCUGGACUGAAGAGAAGACCACAGAUCCUGGACUGAAGAGAACAACCAACAUUGAACCUGGACUGAAGAGAAGCACCACAGAACCUGGACGGAAGAGAAGCACCACAGAACCUGGAUGGAAGAGAACCACCACAGAUCCUGGACUGAAGAGAAGCACCACAGAUUCCGGACUGAAGAGAAGCACCAACAUUGAUCCUGGACUGAAGAGAAGCACCAACAUUGAACCUGGACUGAAGAGAACCACCAACAUUGAACCUGGACUGAAGAGAACCACCAACAUUGAACCUGGACUGAAGAGAACCACCAACAUUGAACCU